AUGGUGUCGCAGCUGGUAGCAGAACUUGACAGUUUACGUGACUCUCCCGAAAUCAGGGUUUUCGUCAUGGCCGCAACGAAUCGUGUUGAUCUCAUAGAUCCUGCACUGACAACACCUGGACGGUUCGACAAGGUAAUCCACGUGGCUCCAGGGUCAGACGUAGAAUCGAAGCUGAAAAUUCUCAAAGCAGUCAGCAGGAAACUGAAAUUCGACGAUGACGUCGAUCUUCGGAAACUGGCAGAACAAUGCGAGGGUAAGUGGUCCGGAGCCGAGCUGAAUUCGCUCCUCACAGAAGCCGCCAUGGAAGGAAUCCGAGAACAGGUACACUUCUCACCUCACUGUUUUUGUUGUAUUUUAUUGAAAAAAGUUAUUUGA